UGUGUCAAACUUGAUAAGAUAUUUUGUCAAAUGUCAAAUUGACAUUCUUUAGCAAAAACAUAUUGUCUUUUUACCUUCGUAUUUUUCUUUAAAUCUAUACAGACUAACGUUUCAAUUUUGUACUUAGAAGUUUAUCGUGUAGAAUCUUCUUGUAUGUAUUGGUGCAUAUAUUUGGUCAACAGUUAUAAAGUUUCAUAACCUAAAAUAGCUGCUAAACGGUGAAAUCACGUUCGAUGUUUAUGUGAUAAACUAAAUUUAAUUUGGUAUAUUGAAAAUUUAUGAUUUUAUAAAAACUUUAAUAAAGAGUAAUUUCAUUAAAAAUACCAAAUAAUAAAAAGGAUGUCGUCAGAUAUCAUAGCCUGUCUCCAAUUGGAUAAAGAAUUAUCUAAUAGAGUGAUUGUUGCUAAGGAGAUAAAUGGCUGUGAUAGCUCAUUCAUUGUUAGUUGUGUACUAAACCACUGUGUCAAAAAUAAACAUCCAGUGUUCAUAUUGUCAACACAUCACUCUUUGCAGCAUUACCAAAAUAUCAGUCUAAAAAUGAAUUAUAAUUUACAAAGACAUAUGGACUCGGGAAUUAUAGGUUUCUUUAAUAUAGGGGAAGAUGCUGUUGAAAAGUUAUUUAGAAAUGAAAAUAAUUCAUUACAAGAAUUGAUAUUCACAAUCAAAGAAAAUAUAUGUAAAUUACAAUGUGAAACAAAUAAUUCUGUUAAUAUUAUCCUGGAUGGAGUCUCACAUCUCUUUGAUUUGGGUUAUGAUUUAAGGGAAGUUAAUCAGUUUUUAAGAAAUAUCAUUGUUCUAACAUAUGAGACAAAUGCAUUUAUAUUAUGUCUUUGUAAUUCUGCAGAAGAUGAUGAUGCUACACAAACAAUAUCCAACCUAUUAUCUCAUAAAGCUGAUACAGUAUUGGAAGUUGAAAACUUGCCAUCAGGCUUAAGUGCAGAUGUGUCUGGGCAUUUGACAAUUAAACAUCCAGGUCAAAAAUGGCAAAAUGACCAUAUGAACACAUUAAAUUUCAAACCAUCUAAAUACCUUUUCAAAUUAUUUGAUAGAGGUGUUAAAUUGUUAGCACCUGGUACUGUUUAAUGUAUUUUUCUUGAUUUGAAAUUUUUUUUCCUAAUGUCUUGUUAUGUAUGUAAGGUCAGGUGGGGCAAGUGCGCCGACGGGGUAAGUGCACCUGCCCUAAAAAAAUCGAGAACUAUUG